GAUCGGUUUGCAGCGGAUUUUAGAGAUGUGAUAAAUGGGACUAUUAAGAAGUUCCUUUAUUUGUAACUGCGGUAGUCAAAUGACUGCUGUACUGUGUGCGGACUACCUUGAUAAGAUUUUCUUUUUGUGUUAUAUAUGCUGGAGGAAGAAGUCUGCUAGAACAGGAACUUUCUUCACUCGAUGCCGAUUGAGACUUAGGUAAAUUAUGAUAAUUGUUGUGAAUCGGAUAAUAAAAGCACCAGUAAUACUGACUGAAUCAUUUGCAAACGUCACUGAAGCUUCGGAUGUUCAGUGGUAUGAGUAUUGUAGAGGUAUAUGUGUAAUAAAAAUGACAAGUUUACAGGAAUCGUUCGGAGGAGUUGGGCGUAUCGUUGAAAUAGACGAAACAGUAGUCAGGAAGCGAAAAUUUAACAGAGAACGUAUUAUUAAAGAAGUUUGGCUAAGUAGCACUUCCAUAAAUAUACCUCGCAGGUCUUUGGAAUUUACGACAGGUCAGCCCAAAAGGAACACAUCCGAAGGGUUAGAAACUGACAGGCAACGACAAUAAUACCAGUUAUACGGCAAUAUGUGCAGCCAGGCACUACAAUACAUCCAAAUGAUUGGACAGCGUACAGAUGCCUGCGUAGACUUGGUUAUGUGCAUCACAUAAUUGUCCACAAAACCCAUUCUGUGGACCCUACAAUCGGAGUGCACACUAACAAUAUUGAAGCUAUAUGUUCGAGACUGAAGGAUUUUUUACGACCCUAUCACGGCUCAAGAGACCGACUAUUAUGGAGCCAUAUGGAUGAGUUCUUCUACCGUAUGUAUUGCGACUUAAAAACCUUCGAAC